AUGCAAGCCGAGAAAGACGCCGAAUUCGUGGGUGCGGCGCUGGACGCCGGCCUCCGCGCCGCUCGCUUCUCGUUGCCGCCGUCCUCAGAGGAGUUCGCAGCCUCCAUCGAGCCCAAGAACGUCCCCGCCGUAUUCCGCGGUGUGCUAAAGGGUUCUGCGGCCUUAUCCCGGUGGGAUCCUCUCCAUGGUGGCCUCGACUACUUGCUGGAGAAGGUGGGACCUGAUGUUGCCGUGGAAGCCAUGAUGUCGAACACUGGGCAUGUGUUCUAUGGGGAUCUUAGAAGCCAUGAGAGGGUGUCUAUCCCGUUCUCUACAUUCAUGCAAUCCUGCAAAUCUCACCUGGGGCAUCUGAAUGCUGCUAGUGAUUCAUCCAAAGAUAAGGGGAUUGGGAAGGAUUCAACUUGUUCAGAUAAAAUGUUUCCAGCCAGCUCAGAGAAUUCUGAGCAACUCUACUUGGCACAGGUGUCAAUUCUGAACACCGAGAACAAAGAUAGAUCCUCUUUACAAGUUUUAAAAGAGGACAUUCAGGAGCCUAUAUUUCUGAAAGGGAAAUCUUUUUCGUCCAUCAACUUUUGGAUGAGUAGAGCUCACAUGAGAUCAAGUACCCAUUAUGAUCCCCACCAUAACCUUCUCUGCGUGAUGGCUGGAUGCAAAAAAGUAACUUUGUGGUCUCCUUCCGCGUCCCCAUUUUUGUAUCCAAUGCCUGUAUAUGGGGAGGCCUCCAACCAUAGUUGUGUCAGCAUUGAGGAACCAGAUUAUUCAAGCUAUACAAGAGCAAAAUACAUGAAGGAAUAUUCUGAAAGAGUCAUCCUAAAUUGUGGUGAUGCUCUUUUCAUACCAGAAGGAUGGUAUCACCAAGUUGACAGCGAUGAUUUGACCAUAGCAGUUAACUUUUGGUGGAAGUCAAGAAUAAUGACUGAAAUGUUAGAACAUAUGGAUGGCUACUAUCUGCGUCGAAUUAUGAGGAGACUGGUGGAUACAGAGAUGAACAAAAUAACACAGAUGAGUUCCUUUAGUCAUUCAGAAAGAAACCACGAUUUUCAGUCUACGGAUGGAUUAUCAGAAGCAGGUUCCCAACCAUUCAACAAGGUUACAAAUUCUGAUACAUCUGACAAGAAAGGUGCAGCGCUGCAAUCUUUGAAGCCCUGCACCCUCCAAGCGCUCUAUGAGCUCAUGUCACUGGUUCACAACAGUGUUGAAGCGGUUGACCAGAAUGACAGGGCAGAAUCUGCAUCUCAGGAUACAUCUGUGUGCCAAAGCAAUGAAAGGAAGAAGACUGCUGCAGAUGAUUCAUCUCUCUUGGAGAAAGAUCCGGUUGCAAAAAUAAUUUUGCCAGUUGAACCAUUUGAAUUGCGGGGUAUGCUACUAGCAAUGGUGCACACUUUCCCAAGGACAUUAGAAGGUUUAGUCCUCAACAUACUUGGACCCACAGGAGCAGAGAUACUGACUAGGAAGUUCGAUGAGAUUGAUCAAGGAAGCACACCAGAAGAACAAGCUGAGUUUUACAAGAUAUUCUACAGUGCGUUUGAUGACCAGUAUGCUGCAAUGGAUGCGCUUCUCAAUAGGAAGGAGUUGUUUUCUUUUCAGGUAUUCCAGAGUGUCCUUGACCAAUAUCUGAGGGUGUGUGUUGACCGCCCCAGCUAAUGUAUCACGGACAAAUGCAUGGAGGAUGGAACAAAGAGCUGGUGUGUGGCGUCCUUAUUUUUUCCGACAACUUUGGUGUUGGGCGUCCUUGUAGUGCACGGUGUCUAACUUCGGAAAUUUAUUUUAACUGGUUGUUGGAUCAAAGCUUGAUUGAAGGCCGCAUUGCUGUCCAGAACUUACGCUUUUGAAGGCAGUUGAGGAUUCAUUUGAGAGUCGAGCUUCUUUGUUUGGAGCCGCAAGAGGGAUCAUGUAUGACAACCAAUUGAUUUUUUUUCCACGGAUUAUCAUUCUAAAUUCCUGCCGAUGAUUUA